AUAUCUUAGAUUUACCAAUAUACUCACAUGAACAUGAUGUAACCUCUAUUGAUCAAGCAACAAGGUUAAAAAUCAAUAUAUUAUAUAUAGCCGACAUAAAGAGAUCUCUAUAUCUUACUAUAUAUAGAAUAGUAUUAUUGAGCUAGUCAAAAAAUAUCUAUAACAGUUGUUCACAUGGGACACGACCAAUGAGUCAAUGCCAAAUAAAAGCUUGAAGAGUGAAGGCUAUUAAAGAACACAGAAAAAGGAAAAAAAAAAAUAGGAGGAAGAGCAAAGAAGAUGGAAUCUGGAAGUAUGAAAACACCUUUGGUGAAUAAUCAAGAAGAAGCAAGAACCUCUUCUUCCAUAACUUCUGGUCUUCUUCUCAGUACCUCUGUCGCUGUCACUGGGUCCUUCGUUUAUGGCUGCGCUAUGUCAUAUUCGUCGCCUGCUCAAUCCAAAAUCAUGGAAGAACUGGGACUUUCCGUGGCAGAUUAUUCGUUUUUCACAUCGGUAAUGACAUUGGGAGGAAUGAUUACAGCCGCGUUUAGUGGGAAAAUCGCUGCAAUUAUUGGUCGUCGACAGACAAUGUGGAUCUCGGAUGUUUUCUGCAUCGUUGGUUGGCUAGCUGUAGCCUUUGCACAUGAUAAAAUGCUGCUAAAUAUUGGACGAGGCUUCUUGGGGUUUGGGGUUGGUCUCAUUAGUUAUGUGGUACCUGUGUAUAUAGCAGAAAUUACACCUAAAGCAUUUCGUGGAGGAUUUUCUUUUUCCAAUCAACUUCUACAAAGUUUUGGGAUUUCGCUCAUGUUCUUUACCGGAAACUUUUUCCAUUGGAGAACAUUAGCUCUUUUAAGUGCAAUCCCAUGUGGUAUCCAAAUGAUAUGUUUAUUUUUUAUUCCUGAAUCACCUAGAUGGCUGGCUAUGUAUGGUAGAGAACGAGAACUUGAAAUUACUUUGAAGAGACUAAGAGGAGAAAAUGGUGAUAUUCUCGAAGAAGCAGCUGUAAUCAGAGAAACUGUGGAAACCUCUAGAAGAGAAUCUCGAAGUGGACUAAGAGAUUUGUUCAAUAUGAAAAACGCACAUCCGUUAAUUAUUGGAUUGGGCCUAAUGCUCUUGCAACAAUUUUGUGGGAGUUCGGCAAUAAGUGCUUAUGCUGCUCGUAUUUUCGACACAGCCGGUUUUCCAAGCGACAUAGGAACAUCCAUCCUUGCAGUUAUUUUGGUACCGCAAUCUAUAAUUGUCAUGUUCGCCGUCGACCGAUGUGGACGCCGACCACUUCUAAUGAGCUCUUCUAUCGGUCUAUGCAUAUGUUCAUUUUUUAUUGGCCUUUCAUACUAUCUUCAGAAGCAUGGUGAUUUUCAAGAGUUUUGUUCCCCUAUGUUAAUCGUCGGUUUAGUGGGUUAUGUCUUAUCCUUUGGCAUUGGUCUAGGUGGACUACCAUGGGUUAUAAUGUCAGAGGUGUUCCCGGUGAAUGUGAAAAUUACCGCCGGUAGCCUUGUAACAGUAUCUAACUGGUUUUUCAGUUGGAUUAUCAUUUUCAGUUUUAAUUUCAUGAUGCAAUGGAGUGCUUUCGGAACAUAUUUCAUAUUUGCUGGAGUUUCUCUGAUGUCAUUCAUAUUUGUAUGGACCACAUCCGUCGUUGUCGCUGGAUCAUUCUCUUAUGGCUGCGCCAUGUCAUAUUCGUCGCCUGCUCAAUCAAAAAUUAUGGAAGAACUGGGACUUUCUGUGGCAGAUUAUUCGUUUUUCACUUCGGUAAUGACAUUAGGAGGAAUGAUUACGGCCGCGUUUAGCGGGAAAAUAUCUGCUCUCGUUGGUCGUCGACAGACAAUGUGGAUCUCAGAUGUUUGCUGCAUCUUUGGUUGGCUCGCUGUAGCAUAUGCACAUGAUAUUCUACUGCUUAAUAUUGGACGACUCUUCUUGGGGUUUGGGGUCGGUCUCAUUAGUUAUGUGGUUCCUGUGUAUAUAGCAGAAAUUACACCCAAAACAUUUCGCGGAGGAUUUUCUUAUUCUAAUCAGCUUCUACAAUGUCUUGGGAUAUCACUCAUGUUCUUCACUGGAAACUUUUUUCAUUGGCGAACAUUAGCUCUUUUAAGUGCAAUCCCAAGUGCUUCCCAAAUGAUAUGUUUAUUUUUUAUUCCUGAAUCUCCUAGAUGGCUGGCGAUGUAUGGUCGAGAUCAAGAACUUGAAGUUACUUUGAAGAGAUUAAGGGGAGAUAAUAGUGAUAUUCUUGAGGAAGCAGCUGAAAUCAGAGAGACAGUGGAAAUAUCCAGAAAAGAGUCUCGAAGUGGAAUAAGAGACUUGUUCCAUAUAGGAAACGCACAUUCGUUAAUCAUUGGCUUGGGAUUAAUGCUUUUGCAACAAUUUUGUGGGAGUGCGGCGAUAAGUGCUUAUGCUGCUCGUAUUUUCGACAAAGCAGGUUUUCCAAGCGACAUAGGAACAACCAUCCUCGCAGUUAUUCUGAUACCGCAAUCUAUAGUUGUCAUGUUAACAGUCGACCGUUGGGGACGCCGACCACUUCUUAUGAUUUCUUCUAUCGGUAUGUGCAUAUGCUCAUUUUUAAUUGGCCUUUCUUACUAUCUUCAGAAGUAUGGUGAAUUUCAGAAGUUUUGUUCCGUUAUGUUAAUCGUCGGUUUAGUGGGUUAUGUCUCAUCUUUUGGCAUUGGUCUAGGUGGACUACCAUGGGUUAUAAUGUCUGAGGUAUUUCCGGUGAAUGUGAAAAUCACCGCCGGUAGCCUUGUAACGAUGUCAAAUUGGUUUUUUAAUUGGAUUAUCAUUUACAGUUUCAAUUUCAUGAUACAGUGGAACGCUUCCGGAACAUAUUUCAUAUUUUCUGGAGUUUCUCUGGUGACGAUCGUAUUCGUAUGGAUAUUGGUGCCUGAGACGAAAGGCCGAACACUCGAAGAGAUUCAAGCAUCAUUAUUAUCUCCUGGAAACUUCCCGGAGAAGGAGAAGAACUUUCAAGAUUCAAUGGUGAUUCCGGCGACUUCUAGGUUUGGGUUUCGAGCUGGAUUCGACACCAAGGAGUUUCAAGCUUUCUGCAUCUCUCUCGCUAAUGAAAUCGAUGCGGCUAUUGGGAAAAAUGAUAUUCCAGUGAAUAUUCAAGAGCUGGCUUUAAUCCUCAAUCAUGUGUGCCGACGUAAAUGUGAUGAUUAUCAAACGAGUGCGGUGGUAAUGGCGCUGAUGAUCUCAGCCAAGAGUGCUUGUCAGCUUGGAUGGUUCCCGCAGAGAGAGACUCAACAACUGUUGGCUAUCAUAGACUUGAUGUGGAAUAGUUUCAGCUGUCCUGAAACUGUCACACCUGGUGUAAAUAGCCCCGUCAGUCUAAUAUCGCAGGUCAUAGAGAGGUUCUAUCCAUGUGUGAAGCUGGGGCAUAUUCUUGUUUCUUUUGAGGCUAAGCCAGAAUCAAAGAUGUUGGUGAAGGACUUCCAUAUUUCAAAGGCGAUGCCACAUUCUCACAAACAGAGGGUAGGAUUAUUUGUGGUCCGGACAGAGGACAUAAGCAGAUCUAAUUGUAUUGUACAUCCACAAGAAGUCAGCUUUUUGUUAAAUGGAAAGGGCGUUGACAAGAGAGUUAACAUCUCAAUGGAGUCUGGGCCGCAGCUUCCAACUAAUGUUACUGCCCUGCUCAACCCUGGGGCAAAUCUUCUACAAGCAAUAGGCUGUUUUCGAGGUAGUUACUUAAUUGCUAUUGCUUUCAUGGAUGUCAUACCGCUGCCCGACAAACCGUUGCUGAAAGAUUAUGUUCAUCCUGAAGUCAUUGAAUCAAACUCAGAUUGUGACAUAAUUGAGGGGCCAUCAAGGAUAUCUCUCAGUUGUCCUAUCAGCCGAACGCGUAUCAAACUUCCUGUGAAGGGUCAUGUCUGUAAACAUCUUCAGUGUUUUGAUUUCUGGAAUUAUGUGAACAUGAAUACGAGACGACCAUCAUGGCGCUGCCCGCAUUGCAAUCAGUCUGUUUGCUAUACUGACAUCCGAAUUCUAGAGGAAGUGGGACGUAAUGCUGCAGAUGUGGUUAUCUCUGCUGAUGGAACAUGGAUGGUUGAAACGGAAAACGAUGAUGACGUGGAACUUGUGCCGGAAACCACUCAUGACCAUGGAGACCCAAAUAGUUUCAUAAACUUGGGGCCUACUGUUUUGAAUCUUGCCAGAGAUGAGAAUGAAAUGGAAACAUCCGGUGGCACCCAAGUCGAUGAACAGAAUCCUUGUUUAUCUGAGAUUCAGGGUCCGUCAAAUAACACACAUAGGCCUGCUACAGAUUACACUAUGCUUAACCAGUCUUCUGCUUCAAUCAACACACUGCCACAAACUCUGAACGCCUUUGAUGGUCAACAAUUCGUGAACUUACCACAAGUAGUAAACACCCGAGAGUCAGCAGCAAGACAAGCCUUACCUGUGACAUUCUUACCAACCUCAUCUCCACAAGAUAUAUUAGCUACUAAUGCGGCAAACUUUGGCACAUCAAUGCCGGCUGCUCAGUCUUCUCAGUUGCAAGGCUCACAUGUUACUUCCCUUGGAAAUUGUCAAGGAAGAACUUCUGAUUUGAUGGAGAGAUGGAACCAAAUCCAUGGACGUGGCAUAAAUCAAACUCAAUUGCCACCACCUGCACCUCUGUCGCAGCAUCAUUAUGCGAUGCAGAAUCAGAGCCCGUCCCCUGCACAGCAAAGACCAAUACCAUCUUACAUUUUCUCAUCCCGAGACUUCAUGAAUUUGACUCCUGCUAACACUGAGAAUUGGCACCCACAAAGCCGGAUGCGUGGCAGCCUAGCACCUGGUACGAAUUAUGACCAUAUGAUCAUUCGACCUACCCGUCCGGUUCUACCACUAGCUCAAACACUUCCUGCGCCUCUUCCUACAGCUUAUAAUGGAGCAGAUGAAAUUCAAGCAUUUUUGGUGCACCCAAGCUAUCCCGUUAGUAAUAAUGAAACGCAAGUGGGGGCUAGUUCAUUGCCCGUGGUAGAGGGUCCUGGGUAUUCAGGGUCGUUUUGGUCAAUGCCUCCUGAGACAUGGUGAUAUAUGAUGGCUUAGAGAUUGUAGCACACGGUCACUAACAAAAUCAGUCAGUAGUAAGUAUAUAACUAAGGCCUUUCUUUUUUGGUACUAAACAGCUUUAGGCUUCCGGUACAUAUAUGGGGCAAGUUCUUGAUGUAGCGUACCUAUUUACUGUCACAAUAUAGCAGGUCCAGUUCG